AUGUACGCGAUUCGUGCGCUGAUUCUAUUGUUAUUUUCGAUCGGAGCGCACUCGAGCUAUGCUCUGCCACCGUCAACGUUCGGAGAGGCGCUGGCCAGUGCCGGCCAGUUGUCCAACAAGCUGAAGGAAACGGCCGCCUGGAAAACGUUCACCGGAAUCGCCCGUGACUCGGACUCGAUCAACUCGCUGGUCCGGAUCAUACCGCGCACGACGAUGGGCUUCGUGCGCGACGUGGUCAGCUCGUUCAAGCGCGAGUCGCGUGCUAUCAUCCUCACCAAGAACGGGGCCCUCGAGGGCCGGCUGCAGCAGGUGAAGGGUGGCGGGGCGGGCUUCUUCUACGCGUUCAAAGGCAUCCGGUACGGCCGCGCGCCAGUGGGCGAGCUGCGGUUCCGAGCCCCCCAACCGGAGGUACCGUGGAAGGGCAUUCGGGGUGCCCACCAGGAGGGAUCGGUCUGCCCGCACCGCAACAUGAUACUGGACAACUUCAAGGGCAACGAGGACUGCCUGUUCCUGAACGUUUACUCGCCGGAGCUGCCCGUCGGCGAGGACAAUCCCCAGCUGCCGGUGAUGGUGUGGAUUCACGGUGGCGCUUUCUCGUUCGGCUCCGGCAACGCGUUCCUGUACGGGCCGGACUAUCUCGUCCCGAACGGAGUCGUACUGGUGACGUUCAACUACCGGCUGGGGCCACUCGGGUUCCUGAGCGUCGGUCGCGAUGCCCCGGGCAAUGCGGGUCUCAAGGAUCAGGUGCUGGCGCUGCGCUGGGUGCAGGACAACAUAGCGGCGUUCGGUGGCAACCCGAACGAUGUGACCAUCUUCGGGCAGUCGGCCGGGUCAGUGUCGGUGCAGCUCCUGACGCUGGCCCCGAUCGCGAAGGGUCUGUUCCACAAGGCGAUCGCCCAGAGUGGCUCCGUCCUGAACCCGUGGGCCAUCGCCCGGGACACGAAGGCCCGUGGCUUCUACCUGGGCCAACUGCUCGGCAUCCGGACGAACGAUACGGGCGAGCUGUUGGCGCAGUUGCGCCGAGCGGCCCCCCAGAAGAUCGUCGAUGCCGCCCUGAAAACUUUGACCGCCGAAGAUGUGCGCAAAAGCAUCGGCCUCCCGUUUGUGCCGUCGCUAGAGAGCUGGACCGGCGAGGAUGCUUCCAGUGACGAUGAACCACUCAUCACCGAGGAACCCCUGGAGUUGCUCAAAAGUGGCCGCUACAACCACGUGCCACUGAUGGUUGGCUUCAACUCCCACGAAGCGAUGCUCUUUUUGAGACGAGUACGAAAGGACCCCAAUCUGCUGCAAACCCUGGACGGAGACUUUGAACGGCUGAUCCCGCUCAACCUGCACCUGGACCGUGAGUCGGACGAGGGCCUCGAGUUCGCGGCCAAAAUGAAACAGUUCUACCUCGGUGAAAGGCAUGUUUCGAACGAGACCAUCCAGGAGAUGAUGAACCUCAUGUCGGACGUAAUGUUCCUGCACGGCAUCACGGACUUUGCCCGGUUGCACGCGUCUCACAACGGGCUCAACUCGACCUGGGUGUUCCGGUUCGGGUACGACGGGGCCCUCGGUAUCUACAAGCGGAUACUGGGCAUCAACUGGCCCGGCGCCUGCCACGGCGAUGAACUGGGCUACCUGUUCCACUUCGGCUUUCUGAACCUGCGCCUCGACAGUACGUCUCCCGAGUUGCAGGUGAUGCACAAGAUGACCCGAAUGUGGACCAAUUUCGCCAAGUACGGUAAUCCGACCCCUUUCGGUGAGGACGAACUGUUGCUGAGCACCAAUUGGCCAUCGGUCGUACCAAACACGAUGGCUGACCUGCCGUAUCUCAACAUCGAAGGUUCGCUCGAAAGCAAAACCAAUCCCGAAACGCUAAGGUUAAGGUUCUGGGACGAUGCCUUUGCCAAGUACAACGGCAACUUGUUGUAA